AAAAUCAAAAAAAUGAAAAAUUUCAUCAAAAAUGUUAAUAAUGUUAUUUAAAUGAAGAAUUUUCGCUAUAAAUUACAAAAAUGAUUGGUACUUUGGAAAUUGGUAGCUAUUUUUGGACAUUAAUCAUCUAUACAAUAUCAUUGUUAAUAUCGUUAAUAUUUAUCACUGUUUGUUGUGUUUGUAAUCCAAAAUCCAAACAUUAUUUUCAACAAAAACAUAUUCUAUCAAAUGAAUUUAAUGCCAAUAAUAAAAAUGAUGAUAAUGUUGAUGGUGAUGGUGGUGGCCAAAUUAUCGAUCGAAGCAAUCAUCAGGUAACAUCUUCACCAUCACCACAUCGAAUAAUCACCAAUCAAGAUGAUAUGGUGAUUUUAAAUUCAUCAACAACUACGAUCAAACAACCAUUAUCAUUAAAUCGAGCUUUACCAGACAUUCCACAACAAUCGAUUAAAUCGAAUGAUAAUAAUGAUGCACAAAAUAAACAAACAUCUUCAUCAUCAUCGACAGCGGCUGCAGCUAAUUCAUCAACUGUCAAUGUUGAAAUCAAUGAUAAAUCCUGCAGUAAUGAUAAUCAUCAACAUUCAAAUAUUGAUGAUAAAAAUUUGGAUGAUAAUCAUGAAGAUCAUGCAUAUGCUCGUAUACGGAAUUUAAUAACAACAACAGAUUCUUCUACGGAUACUGAUAAUGAUUAUUCGGAUCCAAAUUCGAUUGUUGUUGUACAGAAUCCACCACCACCAUUAACACCAAAUCAUUCUCGUGCCGACCAUGAACUGCCUAUUUCACCAUCUGAUCGUAUGAUAAGAUCAUCGGAAAAUGUUGAUGAAAUUAUGUUACUGAAUAAUCAUCAUAAUCAAAUGAUCGAACCAAAACGUGAAAUUUCCUACAAUACAAUAUCGGUUCGUGAACCAUUAGCUAAAGUUUUAGCUGAAAGAGAAAAUCAUAAUAAUCUGAAUAAUUUGAAUCUGGAACAUCAUUAUAAUGAAGUUGAAGAUGUUGAUUGUAUGGAAAGAUUAUCAUCAUUUUAUGAAGAAAUUAAUAGUGAUAAUAGUUCAGCAACUUAUUCAAAAAUUAAUGAAACAUUACCACCAUCAUCGUCAACAAUUGCUCAAAAUAACCAUUGUCAGCCUUCAACGUCUAACAGCGAAAUGAUGGUGAAUGAAAAUUCAGCAAACAAUCUGCCUUUAUAUGCAUUUGUCGAUAAAAAAAGUAAAAAAUUUCAAAAUAAUAAUGAUUCGAAUACAGGAGAUGCUACGAAUGUUUUUAUCGAUAAUCUUUAUACAAAAGUAAUGAAACCAAAAAAAGAAAAUCAUUCUGCAUUGCAACGAUAUUCGCAACCACCCCCGCCGCCACCACCAUUACCUCCUCCAUUGAAUAAAGAUCAUCAACAACAACAACAUAGGAAUACAAUAAUAUUUGUUGAUGCGAUACCUUCAACAUCAUCAUAUUUAUCAUCAAAUGAACAACAACAACAAAUAAUGAUGAAUGAUGAUGAAAAAGAUCCCGGUUAUGAAACAGUUUAUAAAGAAAUUAAUCAAAAUCAUCAUAAUGAUCAUGGUCAUCAUUCGAACGUUAAUGAAAUUGAUUAUGGUUAUGAAGCAAUACAAAAUGAUCCUGCAUAUGAAAUUGUUUCAUCAUCAUCAACAAUGACAACAACAACAGGUUUAGAUAAUGGUUAUGAAAUUAUAAAGAAUCAUAAUAAUUAUUAUCAUUAUCAUCGUUUUAAUAAUAAUGAUAAUGAUGAUGAUCAAAUUGAUGAACAAUCAGAUCCAAAUUAUGAAAUUAUUUCGAAUAUAAAAUCAACAACAACAACUGAAUUCUCAUUCGAUUUGAUAAUUGAUUGA